AUGUCCUCUCAGAAGAAAGACGAGUACAAACCGCCCAAGGUGGGUAAGCUAGAAUUUACGGCAUUCUUUCGAAAAAAUCGCCUUUGUCGGCUUUACAGACUAACCGGCUCCGAGAAGCACUUACGGAAAUAUAAGCAGCAUCGCAGCAUUUGCAAAAGCGGGGCUUCGAAGCUGAGAAGGAAGUUCGAACUGAACGUAUUGCAUAAUUUGUUGGAACUCCUCAAAAUUCUAUAUGGCUAUACACAGAGUACUAAAAGAACUCAGGAAUUGAUCCCUACCCUUAGGUCUGUAGACGGAAAACUGGAGACUGACGCCAAGGUCAAAGCAUCCCUCCUUGAUAAUUUCUUUCAGUCCUUCUUUCACCCGAGAACCUAAUUCUUAAUUUGCCACUUCACCCUCUUUCUUCCCCCCCCCUACUCCCACUCUUUCCCCUCCCUAUUCUGCCCAGUUGAAGAACCACACUUUUCAUCGUCCAUGGUUGGGACCAGUUUACUCCGACUGAAGCCUUUCAAAUCGUCUGGUCCGGAUAGAAUCCCUCAAUUAGCUUUUCGGGAACUUGUUAACGAACUCUGCGACCCAUUGGUUAUGGCAUUUUAAAAGUCAUUUGAAGGGGGCGCACUUCCGCAAGAAUGGAAGUUCACCUUCAUCAUUCUGAUCAAUAGAGGAAGUUCACGGCUUGGCUGUGAAAAUUAUCGAACUGUCAGUCUAACUUGCAUUGUAUGUUAAAUAAUGGAACGCAUUAUCAAAGGACAUUUGAUGGAAUACCUGGAGAAAAAGAGAAUGUUUUGUGAUGCCCAACAUGUCUUUCGCCCAGGAUGUCAUGGCCUGACGAGUUUUCUUUACUCGCACGAGAAGUGGACAAGGGUUACAGAUAAGGGUGAUCCAGUAGAUGUCAUAUUUUUGACUUCAAAAACCUUUGAUAGCGUCCCACACAGGCUUUUUUUACAGAAGAUUUGAGGUGUGGGAACUCGAGGAAGAGAACUUAGAUGGAUCAGAAGUUUCAUGUUAUCCAGAAUACAGAGAGUCGUUAUUGGACACCAGGUUUAGUCCGCCGGUCUAGGCGGCUACCGGUGUGCGGCCGCUGGGCAGAGCCUAGCUUAGGGAAGCCAUAUAUAAGAGUUGGGUGUCAACAAAGGGACGUUAGGCGCAGUCUACACUUGCACGUGGACCCACAACUGGACGACCCUACACCCCACAUACAUAUAUACAAUGGUAGGGGAAGCACAUUGAUCGUUCUUACGGAACUCACUCGUUCCAUUAAGCCUUACGGACUCUCUCUCGAUUCCGGCUAGCAGCCGCACAGCGGCGCAUGAUAUAGGCAGUAUUUUAUUACCGAAAAAGACAAUGGAGACUGGAAUGGCCAUUUCUGGUUUAUUAGCCGACGUCAGCCAGCCAUACCCAACCCCGAGGUGUGGAACACCCGAGCCUCGAACUCGCGAUCUAUCAGUUAGAAGUCCACGCCUCUAACCGCUGGGCCACGAGCCCGUUGCCCUGCCGGUUCCACACUACGGGCUUGUGUAUGGCUGGCUGACGACGGCUAAUAAUCCAGAAAUGGCCAUUCCAGUCUCCCUUGUCUUUGUCGGUAAUACCAUUCUGCCUGUACAUCAUGCGCGCUGUGCGGCUGAUGGUUGGGCUCGAGAGAGAGCCCUUAAGGCACAACGGAACGAGUGAGUUCCGUAUGAACGAUCGGUGAGCGCCCCCUACCAUUGUGUAUUCCCGAUCGAAAAUCGACAGGGCAACGGGCUCGUGGCCCGGUGGAAAGAGGCGUGAACUUCUAAACCAACAGGUCGCGAGUUCGAGGCUCGGGUGUUCCACACUUCGGGCUUGGGUAUGGCUGGCUGACGUCGGCUAAUAAGCCAGAAAUGGCCACUCCAGUCUCCCUUGUCUUUGUCGGUAAUACCAUUCUGCCCGUAUGUAUGUAUGUGUACCCCCCAGACGGGCCACGUGGUAGGGGUGCUGGACCAACACGGCGGCCAUAUCCGAUUUUGGCAGGCGUUACCGGAUUGCGCACCAUAACAAAUGCAAGCAUUUUCGGGUGCGGUGACAGACCCGGUUGCCGGAAGACGUCGUGAAGACUGGGAGCCCUGCCGCCCCCCAUUGUUGUUGGAUAAAAACCCGUUGUGCCAACGGUAACGAGAACGAAACCGAUCAUACUGACCCAACCGUGAAAAACUCGGCGCCUCGGUGGGAUUCGAACACACGCAGUAAGGAGAAGGCUUUAGUACAGCCAACGCUCUAACCACCUGAGCUAUGACACCCCGCCGGACGACUUGAUUUUGAUCACAUUUGGGUCACAUUUGAGUUUUUCACAGUUGGGUCAAUAUGAAUUAUUCAAAAUCUGCCAAAAUACCUAUGAAUUACGUGAGCCUGGUAGUCAUCUGGUAGAUUCUAGGUGAAUUUCUUGGGAAAUCCUGCUUGGGCAGUCAACAUACUGUAUCAGAUUUGGUGGAUUCCAUAUGUUGCAGUAGGUCGGGUGGGUAAAUUUGACCCAAAUGUGAUUAAACUUGAGUCGUCCGGCGGGAUCUCGUAGCUCAAGUGGUUAGAGCGUUGGCUGUACUAGAGCCUUCUCCUUACUGCGUGUGUUCGAAUCCCACCGAGGCGCCGAGUUUUUCACAGUUGGGUCAAUAUGAAAAUAUGGGCAGUCACGAUCGAAUCGAAUGAGAGGGUAGUGUCUUUUGGCGUCGUCUCACUCUUCACUUCCGUACCACAGGCCCUUGCGGUCGAAACACUCAUUGACCUGCUAAGUCAAAAUUACCACGGCGGCGAUGGCCAGUCCACAGCUCAGGAUCUCAUAGAAUUCAUGUGGCACUGUCCCAAGACAUUCUUCCCCUUCGAAGAAAUCACAUACGAGCAAAUUAAGGGCAUUCUAUUGAGCUCACCAAUCUCCAGGCUCAUUGCAGAGGCAGUUCUACAAAAACCCGAGAGACGACUAUUCGAGGAGUACAAACCCAAGUUUUGGGCAUACUACGUUGAUGACACCUUUGUAAUCAUCGACCGGGAUAAAAUCAACUACUAUGCGGAACUGCUGAACUCAAUCAUUCCCGAUCUCCAGUUCACGAUGAAAGAGGAAGUAGGGGUCAAACUUCCAUUCUUGGAUGUUCUCAUCUGCCGCCAACCAAACGACUUCGGUCUACAGAAAACUGACAAACACGCUGCAAAUGCGCAGCUACAGCAGCAACCACCCGCUACAACACAAACGAAGCUGUGUCCGCACGUUAUACCGACGGGUGGAAACCCAUUGCAGAACACCAGCCGCCAAACUGGACGAGAUAAAACUCCACCAAGAACUCUCCAGAGCCAACGGCAAUCCGCGGGCAUUCAUUGA